AUGAACAUUCCACUAAGAUGGCAGGGCAGAUGGUUUGCAGUUACAAUGGGCACCGGCAUUGUUGCAGUGCUAAUGAACUCGGUGCCUUUCCAUACUCCCGUUCUCUACUAUCUAUCGAUUGUCUUCUUCCUGCUCAAUGUCGUCAUUUUCUUCCUGGCAUUUGUCACCUCGGUUCUGCGAUACACUUUGUAUCCGGAAAUCUGGCGAGUUAUGAUUCAGGAUCCCACUAAUUCACUUUUUCUGGCUACAUUGCCGAUGGGGUUUGCCACGCUGAUCGAAAUGUGGGUCUUCAUCUGUGUUCCACGAUGGGGAACAUGGGCCACGUCCGUUGCAUGGGCAUUAUGGAUGGUAGACGUUGUCGCUGCAGCCUCAGUGACCAUGUCUCUGUCCUUCAUUCUAAUUUCUCAGCGCUACAUAACAUCACUGGAUCGCAUCACUGCUCUGCAGCUCCUUCCCAUUGCUGCAACCAUCGUUGCGGCUGGUACAGGCGCCGAGGUUGCCCAUAUCCUGCAAAAUAAGCAGCAUGCGAUGGGAACUCUCCUUGUUUCAUUCGUUCUUUGGGGAAUGGGAACACCGUUGGCAAUCUUCGUGUUGGUGAUCUAUUAUCAACGCCUUGCAGUUCAUAAGCUUCCUCCGCGGGAGGCCAUCGUAAGCUGUUUUCUACCAUUGGGUCCUCUUGGAUUUGGUGGCUUCGGCAUCAUCUAUAUUGGAAAAGUGGCCCGGGAACUUUUACAGAAUUCGAACGUUUUAGAUCCGAUCGCGGGAUCGAUGGCUUACGUCCUGGGGGUCUUCAUCUCCCUCCUCAUGUGGAGCUUUGGGUUGAUCUGGCUUGUAUUUGCACUUGCGACGAUCUUGUACAGUUCACCUUUUCCUUUCAACAUGGGAUGGUGGGGUUUUACCUUCCCCUUGGGAGUAUAUGCGGCAAACACGAUGGAGCUGGGAAAGGAGCUAGAUCUAAUGUUCUUCAAGGUUUUCGGGACGGACUCGGCCGAGCAUGAGUUUCCGUUUUUGCAAGAGGUCUAUACUCCUCGAGAGUCCCACAAGGUCGACUUCGUUUUUGUUCACGGUCUCAAUCCCCGCGGUCGCAACGACCAUCCGUUCGAAACAUGGACUCAUGCCAAUGGGAAGUUUUGGCCUCGAGACUUCCUCGCAGAGGACCUUCCCUACUCUCGAGUCUUUGUCUACGGCUAUAACUCCAACAUAACCAAUCCUCAGACUAUGUCGACAGCUAGUAUCAAGGACCAUGCCAAUACACUGCUGAACCUGCUGGAUAUGGAGCGGGGGCCACAGCUGCACUCUAUGCCACCAAAAAUCAUUUUCAUUGGACACAGCUUGGGAGGCUUGGUAAUUAAACAGGCACUUCUCAACGCGAAAGAAGAUCCCAAAUACAACUCAAUCCGUACAGCAACAUCUGGUCUGGUAUUCUUUGGAACGCCCCAUCGAGGGGCGAAGGCUGUCGAGUUGGGUAAAAUUGCCGCUCGUGUCGCGCGUUUCGUCUCAAAGGGUCACGCCAGUAAUGACCUACUCGAUUGUCUCGAACACAACUCCCUGUUCACAAGACAAAUGACAGAUCGCUUUCGGCAUCAACUAGAAGACUAUCGUGUUGUCAGUUUUAUCGAGGGAAAGGAAGUAUUACUAGGAGGCGUUGGGCCGGCAUCUUUGAGCCACCUGGUCGUUGACGAAGAGUCAGCUGUUCUCGGUUUGUCUGGUCUGCGCGAGACUCAAUUGAAACUCGAUGCAGACCACUCCCAGAUGUGCAAGGUGGGCAGCCGAGGGCCAAUGUACCGGCUCAUUAAAGGAAACAUCAAACAGUUGGUGGAUCAGGCUCUUUUAGCAGAGCAGGGAUUUAUCCCUCAACCAUCCCCUCAUCAAACAACCGGGCCAACGCCGCCCCCGGUUCCCCCACGAAUGCACUCUAACAGUAGCGCGCCCUAUUCGCCUCCUGGAAGGCCACCGGCUCCUGCGGAGAGAGUGGUAGGGACCAUAUUCACUCCGAUCGAUAACGAUCCACGCUCUAUUCGGGCCGCAGAGUUAAAGAAUAGGGCCAAAUGGGAUGAAGCUCGAAAUGUUGAAUAUGAGAUUUUUCAGGAACAUUUGCGAACCCUUGGUGCUGAUCAUUUGAGCACUUUAUCUGUUGGAUACAAUCUCGCUGAGAUCGAGCUGGAAUCCAGCUUCCUCCAGAAAGCGAAUGAGUGGUGCCAGUGGGUGGUGGAUAGUUCACGCCGGGUAUUUGGGAACAGCCAUGCGAUGUCCUUGAAAGCCGAAAGUCUCAUGGCUGAGACACUAUGCCAACAGGGGAAGCAUCAUGAGGCCGAAUCGAUCUCUGCCAAUGUGCUUGCUCGUCAGCAAAUGAGCAUUGGAGAAGAUCAUUUGGACACGUUAGAAACACGACGCCGCCUGGGGAUGGCAUACAACUCGCUCAAUCGGCGAGAGAGCGCGUUAAUGACGGCAGAGAAGCUCACUAAUUCCAUCAAACGGUUGCUGGGAGACAAUCAUAUUCGUGUCUUUGCCGCGGCUUUAGAUCAGCUGGAAUAUAUGAUUUACAAUCACGGCGACGAAUCUGCUGCUCUGAUUACAGUUUUUGCUCCGGAGGUCCAACAAGCGUUUGAAUUGCUUCCUUCUGUCUACGAAGAGCUCCGGGCUGCUCUCGGGGAUCGACAUCCUCUUACCAUCCGUUCUCUCUCGUUACAUGGCCGUGGACUGACUCGUGCACAUCAAAGCAUGGAAGCCUCUGAGGUUCUUCGGCGGGCACUCGCUAUCUCUGAGGAAUCCAUGGGACCCGAUCACCCGCUUACCAUCGAUAUUGUGGGAAGCAUUGGCGUUAUGUAUACCCUCCAGGACGCUAUGAAGUUUACAGCCCACACUGGCCCACCAUCCGAAGCUAUUCCGUGGUUGGUACGAUAUCUGAACUGGGUCGAACGCCGAAGGGGUCUGGAUAAUCCCGAAACUCAAUCAUCUCUGGAGAUGCUGGGUAAUCUUCACUUUGCAGCCAAGGAGUAUGAAACCGCGCAGAAAUAUUUCGAACGUGCUCUCGCCUCCUGCCGGGAACCCGGUGCAACUGCGAUGCAGCAGCGCAUUAACAAUCAACUGCAGCUAUGCCGUGCCAAUACGAUGUUGUUCACAAAUCGGCAGGGAAUGGGUUCGGGCCUUGGGGGUUUCUAG